CUCUCUGCCAUCAGAGGGCGGGUUUGUGUCGUUGUGUGCGCAGCGUGCGGCUGCUGCUGCGGCUUCUAGUGAGAGAAGUGGCAGGUACCCCAAAAUACCUCCCAGCAAAGAUCCAGUGGCUCGGAUGUGACUUUAACAGCUGACUAACCUACAAUAAACUCCGAUAUAUGUGAAUUUGGCGGCUUGUUUCGCCCUUUCACCAGCUGUUUUAAAUGAUAGCCGAGCUUGGAAACAAUAGGACAGACUUAAAAGUGCGCAGAAUUGGCUCAAAGUAAAGAUGCCUGAGCGGGUUCUCUCGUCGCGAUGGGGCUUGAAUUGAGGAACACGUAUCCCGAAAGAAGUCGCUGAAGUUGAAGACGCGCUCUCCUGAUGACCGCUGGGAUGUUGUGAACGACGCGUCGUUUGGGACAGAACGAGCCAAAAAAACCCAAAAAAAAACAAAAAGAAGGAAAGAGGGAACCAUUCAGGGUUGGACCAGCACCCGGAGGGAUUAUGGCUCUCGUAACGUUUUCUCUCAGCCUCGUCACCCUGGUGCUUACAAACUUGCACCUUUCGAGAGCCAGCAGCCGUCAUGCGGUGUAUUGGAACAGCUCGAACCUGCAGCUUCGGAGAGAGGGAUACACCGUGCAAGUCAGCGUCAACGACUACCUGGACAUCUACUGCCCGCACUACAACACCAGCCAGCGUGGGACUCUGGAGCGCGUGGUGGCCGAGCAGUACAUCCUUUACAUGGUGAACUACCGGGGCUACUACACCUGCAACCCCCAGAUGGGUGUCAAACGCUGGGAGUGCAACCGGCCCCACGCGCCGCACACGCCCAUCAAGUUCUCUGAGAAGUUCCAGCGGUACAGCGCCUUCUCGCUGGGCUACGAGUUCACCGUGGGCCAGGAGUACUACUACAUCUCCACACCCAUCCACCAUCACGGCCACAGCUGCCUGAGACUGAGGGUCUUCGUCUGCUGCUCCACUGCCUCUCAGGCAGAUGACGACUCCAGUCAAACUUCUCCCGACUACACAGUCAGGCCGAACAUCAAAAUACACAACAUUGAUGAAUUUAACCCUGAAGUUCCCAAGCUGGAGAAGAGCGUGAGCGGCAGCAGCCCGUCACGUGACCGCCUUCUCCUCACCGUGGCAACGAUGCUCGUGCUGGCCGUCCUGUUGUCCUAGCGACCGUCACAGGGAGCUUGUUGGACCGUCUUGUCCAAAGGGCUUUGUAUCCCUACAAGUUUUUUUUUGUUUUUUUUUUUGAAGAUGUGAUAGCUAAACGAAGCAAACAAAGAAAAGACAAAGAAAAAAGAAGCAAGGCCUUUUUGCUGUCAUAUUUACACCUGUAUCACAUGAAAACUACAAUAUUUCAUGCAGGUGUGAUGACCACAUGGAGAUUACAACCAAUAUUAAGAAUCCAAUUUUUAUUGUGCUGCUCUCAAUGGAUGCAGAUGAGGAAUUUUUUUGUAGCAUGAUAGAGAACAGAAAAUUUGAAGCAUAACUCUCAUCGGAAGGAAGGUUUUUGUGUUGGCUUUGAAGAAGAUGACAACCUUAGACUCUAGAGUGGAUUUUUUUUAAAGCUUUGCUGCAUCAAACCAAACUUUGAUGUGGUAAAAAAAAAAAAAAAAGGCAAGAUGAACUUUAGAAACUGUAACAA